UUGUUCUUCAUCCAUUAAUAAGUAGGGUUUUUUGCAAUUGGACUUUGGAGAGUGGCAGAAGAAUACUUGCUUCAUCUUCGAUCACGAACUCCACCAUCCUAAUCCAAAAUUUGUCAUACCGGGCUCACACUAUCGCUUCAAUUCACUCUAUCUCCAUCUAACUAUCCGUUAUUGCAAGCAUUCAACUUCAUCGCCUUCGUUUUGCAAUGGCGGCGGCGAGAUUCGCAGUGCUUAAGAUCACCGGAGGGGAAAUGGGUAGCAUUUUAGGGUUCAGAAGGUGGAUGCAAUCUGUGGCCCAAUCUCCUCCUCUAGCUGGGAUCAUUGACAACGGGGUUCAAUCAUCACAAUCGGUUUUACCUGAGUUCAGUUCCCAAAGUUCCUACCUUGGUGGUUCUUUGGAGCUCAUGGCUGUGCCUAAAAAGAAGAUUUCAAAGCAUAAAAGAGGAAUAAGGAAUGGACCCAAAGCUUUGAAACCUACUCCUGUGAUUGUCCUAUGCAAGAGUUGUGGCCGUGUCAAGCGUCCACACUUCUACUGUUGUGGUGGAGAACGGAACAGGGGGACCGAAUGAUCAAACUAUUUGUAUUUAAGCGGCAGAAGUUGAUUGAUAGGUAGAGCCAACCAUUUAUAGAUCUCACUUUUCAUAAUUAGCUAUUUCAGGGGAUUGGCUGUUUGAUAUUAAUGUUUUAUUUUCCUUUUUUGUUUCCUAAGCUACCCUGCUAUUGGAUCUGUUUUCACGUUUAAAGAUCAAUGGAGUGGUGGGUGGACAGUUGGUUACUAAAAUUAUAGUAGGAGCAUCUGUGUACCCGAGAAAGAUAUUUGAUGUUAUAUUGUCUCCACUAAAGAGAAAUUAGCAGCUGUGUGUUUUGGUUCUUAUUAUUCUGAUGCUAAAUAUAAUUACUAAUGAAUAAACAAUGUCCUUUUGAAGCUGAAUAGAGAUAUUGAUCUUGCUUUU